GUAUUUUUAACUUAUACACUUAAAAAGGACCUCAAAGUGUUUUUAAAGUGUAGAAGAAAUUAUUCUUUUGCACUGAGUUUGAAUAUGUUGGACUUAACAAAAAGUAAUUUUUGAAGGCGCAUGUAAAUUAAUGUGGUGUUGUUCGGUUAAUACUGACGUGUGACUAAGAUUGCCUGCUUGGUGAAGAAAGAGAGAAGAAUAGCCUUUAACGGUCUUAAAUAUCGUUCAGGAUGUCUGAAAAACAGGACUUGUCACAGAAUCCAUUCACCGCAUUGUUUACCACAGUAGAUGCUGCCACACAGUUCAGUGCACAGUCAUCAGCAGCCCCAGCCAACACCGCUCAACAAGAGAAUGGAGAACAGAGAGAAGAUGAUACACAACACAAAAUGGAUAUUAAUGGGAUGAUUGAGAAAAUAUUUCUCAUCACAUUAGACACUGAUAUUUAUCCAUAUGAUGACAGACCAUCAAGAUGUGUAUUUAUGUCAGAAAUACUAGAGAAACUUGAUGGACAGAAUUGGUGGGAAAUGUCAAAUCUAGAACAGGCAGUUUUUGAAAGAUUGCUUUUGCCAAACCCAGGAACAGAGGUUGUUAGUUUGACCAAAAAGGACGAUCUGCAGUCUGCAUCUUUGGCAGGAGAAUCCCAAGUUCUCAGAUAUCUGUAUCAGUGUUACAAGAGGCAACAGAAGCUUCUAUCUCAGAGGAGUGACCUAUCCAGUGAAUUAGGAACCUGCCUAAAUGUGAUUUUGAUGAAUGCUAGAAUCUGUUUACAACAAAGUGAACUUUACCCCUCCCAAAACCCCUACCAACAAUUACUGGAUCUGUACGAUGAGGAAAUAUGUUUUACUAUGGGAUCUGAUCCUGACCUGCUUUCCCAAUUCUUUGAUGUACUUGUCCAACAAAUUGAGGAAAACGAGGAAGAUGGCUCAGUGUCGCAGGUUUUCCAGCCCAUUCUACAAAUUGUUUUGACCCGCUUGACAAAGGAGCUCUCUCUUCUGAACCCAGGGGUCUUAAAGAACAUUGAUUUUCUUCACUUCUUUGCAAGAAAAGGGAGUCUAGCACAGGUGUUUCUAGAUUUUUCUUCACCCAAAGACUGGAGUAAAGGGAAAGCCUUUGAACAAACUUUGUUAGGUUCUCUGUUCACUCAGAGCUGUAUUCCAAAGAUGGAGCUUGGUCCCUAUGAGUUCUUUGAAAAUCCAUCAACAAGAACAAAACAAGAUAUAGAAGCAACAGAAUCCAGCAUACAACAGCCUUUGGCUAAUAUAUGUGAAAAGGUUUAUCAACUGUUGUUUGCCAUCAUCAAAAUAUCCCCGGACCAUCGACACAGAGUUCUGCAGUGGUUAGGAAAGUGUAUAUAUGCCAAUUUGGGAAGAACAAAAAUUUGGUCCUCUCAGAUGCCCCAGCUUUUUACACAGAUGUAUGCGUCUGAGGGAUUCUGUCUAAACCUUUGCUCCAUUAUGUUAAGGCUGUGUAAGCCGUUCUCUGAACCCAGAUCAGCAAAGUUACUGAAGAUCCAGCCGACCUACUGUAGAAUGGUGGCAGGCAAUGAGAAAGAUGCCAGGGAGAGAGGAUUACAUGCAGAGGGACUCUCAAAAGAAACAUGUCUUAUUCCUAACGAAGAAACUCAAAGUCCUCCUACGGAAGAGCACUAUAAUUUUAUCACAGAGUGUUUUUUCUUGACUCAUCAGUGUAUUCAUAUGAGCUUUCAUACUGUGCAUGAAAAAUUUCUGAAACUCAAUCAAGAACUCCACAGAGUGCAAAGGUUGUAUAAUGAGGUCAGAGGUCAGGGAAAUGAUGAAAUGGAACCAGUGCGCAGCAUAAAAAGACAAAUGGAAAAAGGAAUGACUCUGUAUCUCUGUAUGAAAGCAGCACUAACAGAACCGAGACUAGUAGAAAUGUCUUUGAACUUUCACUUAGCUACUGCAACAUGGCUAUCAGAAAUAGCAAUCAAUGAAGACUGCAAGACAUUUGAACCUGUAAAAUUCCCAUUGCCAAAGAUAGUGCCAUUAAUGUUGACUUGUGUGCCUGAAUUCAUCAUGGGGAAUGUGACAGAUUUCACUUUGUUCCUCCAAAGAUUUAAAGAAGAUAUGUAUGAGAUGGCAGGUGAUAAGUUGGAGAACUUUAUGACCCUCAUCCUAGUGUACAUGGGGAGUCCUGAGCGCAUGAGAAACCCUCAUCUACGAGCUGAACUGGCGGAAACAUUGGCUGCCCUCCUUCCUGCUGAGUCAGGCUCAUCAUCUAAAGGACUCAUGUCCUGGUUCUCUAGGGAGCAGUUAUUUGUGAAGCAUCCUCUGAUAGAACACCUGGCGGAGAAGCUGUUGAAUGUGUUUGUCAGUAUAGAGAUGACGGGACAGAGCGUGCAAUUUGAACAGAAGUUUAACUACAGGAGACCCAUGUACAUGGUACUGGAGCACAUAUGGGAGAUAGCUGUACAUAGAGAUUGUAUUAAGAAAUUGGCAGAGGAAGCUGAAGGAAAAAUUGAGGACACAGACCCACCCUUGUUUCUUCGAUUUAUUAAUCUCCUGAUAAAUGAUGCUAUAUUUCUUUUAGAUGAAGCAUUUGAUUAUAUGACCCAGAUAAAGGACAAGCAGGCUGAGAAGGAGAGAGGGGAAUGGAACAGCUUGGAACCACAACAACGUCAGGAGAACGAGAACAGCCUACGUCAGAUCACCAUGCUGGCGCGCUACCAUAACAUGAUGGGGAACAACACCAUCCAUGCUCUGGAGAUGAUAACCAGAGAAAUCAAAUCUAUCUUCUGUCACAAGUCCAUGGUGGACAGGAUAGCUGGCAUGCUCAACUACUUCUUACUCCAUCUAGUGGGGCCUAAACAGAGAAGCUUUAAUGUGAAGGACAAGAACGAAAUUGAGUUUAAACCACACCAGAUGGUGUCUGACAUUACACAGAUCUAUCUCAAUCUGGGUGAUAAUGAGUCUUUUUGUAUGGCUGUGUCAGCUGAUGGCAGAUCUUACUCUUCAGAACUCUUUGUAAAAACAAAUAGUGUAUUGCAGAAAAUUGGAAAAUCACCCACCAUGAUCAGUCAAGUAGAUGCACUACGAGAUAAGAUUGAGGUUCUCCGAGUGAAACAAGCAGCAGAAGACGAGUUGCUGUAUGCUGAUGCACCUGAGGAAUUCCUGGACCCCAUCAUGGGCACGCUUAUGAGAGACCCUGUUCUUUUACCCUCCUCCAAAAACAUUGUAGACAGGGCAGUGAUAGCAAGACAUAUUUUAAGUGAUCAGACGGACCCUUUCAAUAGAUCCCCUCUUUCUUUGGACAUGGUCACACCAGAUGUGGAGUUAAAAACAAAAAUAGAAAAAUGGAUUCAGGAGAAAAAGGCAUCCUCAUGACAACAGUGAAUAAUAACAUUUUAAUUUUAAUGGUGAAUGAGAUUAUGCUUUUAUAAACAGAGAUGUAUUUUUUCAUUGUUAGAUUCUUAGGAGUAACAGAAAUAUCAAUGUUUUGUUUGUUAAAUUUGUCUUGUAAAGUAAAACCCAGGCUCCAUUAGUGACUACUGUUGUGCAAAAAAGGAAGUAGGUAUUUGUUGAAGUUUGAAAUCAUUUUUGAGUUCAAAUUGCUGUUGUAAUGAACCUGUUGCCGUGGUUUUAUUUCCAGCUUAUAGUCUGUGAUACCACAAAAAAACCCAAUAAAAAGUAUAUUGAAGUGCAAGCUUUUCAAUAAAAUUUGUUAUUUUGA